UUGUUUCGUUCCGGUCGUUUCAAAUGUAAAUGCACGUGUGACAUUUUGUUUAUUAUCAUUUCGACCGCAUUUUUACUUUAGGUGUAAUAUUUAAACCGAAAAAGAGUCAAUAACAAUAAAAAUGAAUGGAGGAAAUGCUCAAGCCGGGCGCACAAAAACUCAUAAUGUGCGUUUUUAUAAUCUCACACCGCGCUCUAUUCAAAGCAUGGCUCACAACAAGUUGUGGCACAAGUUGGCGAUUUCAAGAAAUGAUGGGACCAUUGAAAUUUGGGAUACGCAACAUGCUUCCUAUUUAGAAAAAGUUAUACCGAAAUCGCCUGGAAACUCCGUGGAAGGUAUGAUAUGGGCUGGCGAGCGCCUAUUCUCAGUUGGUCUUACUGGUGAAUUAGUUGAAUGGGAUUUACUAUUACUAAAGCCACGACGCAAGCAGUUUGUUACUGGAAAUGCUAUAUGGUGUGUUGAUAUAAACUCUACCGGAACGGAGUUGGCUGUGGGAACCGAAGAGGGUUACAUCAAUAUAUUUGACAUAGAUAACGACCAAAUGCAAUACAAGCAACUAUUUGAUAAACAAGAAGGUCGUGUGUUGUGUUGUAAAUUCGAUCGUACUGGUGAAUUCCUGGUAACUGGUUCAUUGGGUGCAAUACGAAUUUGGGAUGUGAAGAGCGGACAUGCGUUGCAUAAAAUGACAGUUUCGCGGGCGGAAAAGAAGAAAGAGGUGAUUGUGUGGUCCUUACAAGUGCUAAGCGAUUUCACAAUUAUUUCGGGUGAUUCACGUGGUCAAGUCUCGGUGUGGGAUGGAAAAUUAGCGACACACUUGGAAUCACAUCAGGUGCUAAAGGCUGAUGUACUCGCUGUGGCUGUAAAUGAAGAGGAAAACUUGCUAAUGUGUUCAGGAAUUGAGCCAAUAAUCAGAAUCUAUGCCAAAACGAAAAUCAAGCGAGAAGAUAUGGAAUAUUAUUGCUGGGUCAAAUAUCUGCAGAGAAGUGUGCACGACAAUGAUGUGAAGGCGCUCGUCUGUGCUGGUGAUCGCAUAUUUUCCGGUGGCAUGGACGGCUACUUAGGAAUAUCAUCGGCUUCAAAACGUAGUUCUACAAUAUCGAAAUAUGGGCCUUUCCUCAAGAACCCAUGCGUUGCUGUAUCGACCAAAAAUCGCCUGUUACUACUUCGAUAUACAAAUUAUUUUGAAGUCUGGAAGCUGGGCUCUACCGACGGUAGACCACAGCUAGUAGCACCAACGGAAGAUGAAAACGAAAACGAAAACGAAAACGAAAACGAGGAGUCAAAGCAUGAAAGUAAAGAGCCUGAGCGUCGAAUGCUUGCUUUGGAUAGUGCACCUGAAAAGCUAUUAGAAUUCAAAAGCAAAAACGACGAACCCAUUAUUUGUGCCACAAUAUCGCCGGACAGUCAGUGGUUGUGUUACUCGACCCAAAAGAGUAUCCGACUCUUCCGGUUUCUCCCCGCAGUUUCUGGUGAACAUGCGACACAACUUGCACGUGUCAAAGGACUGCCAGAGCAAUUCGUUACUGCCUCCCACAUAAUAUUCAGUAGCGAUUCCAAACGUCUUUUCCUCGUACAUCCUACUACACUACAAAUACACAUAUUUUCAAUAGUUAAUAAUGGCAGCACCGAAUUAGAUUUCGUCGAAAGCAUUGAAACCAGUAAACAGAUAAAAGACGUCAUAAACCUAUUCGCCGUAUCGGAGUGUGGUACAUAUAUUGUAGUGGCAGGUGCCGAUCGCACAAUUGCGGUGUGGAGUUUAUUCCAGGGCAAACAUUUCAAACACCACCUCAACAUGCCACGUUACUCAGCUAUCACAACGGCCUUAGCUAUACAUGCGAACGCGCCAAGACUGGUGGCGGCCUUCUCAGAUGGCAAAAUAAUUGAAUACGAUCUGGAAGAGAUGUGCUUUACAUGUUCGGAACGAGAAUAUUUUGUGGAAAAUGCAGCAACGCAUUGUGUAUCAAAUGUAUUGCUGGAUAGUCGGAAUUCCAAGAAUAUUGUUCUACAUAACGAUGCGUAUUUAUAUGUGCUGGAGAAAGUGGCGAAUACCAAUGGAGAAACAGAGCACGACAAUGAGGACGCAGAAGCCACAGGCAAGCAGGUCGGAAAGAAAUUGAAACGUGUUGUAAGUGACAACAAAGUUAGUGGGCUGCGCUUGAAAUUUAAGAAAUCCUACGAGCAUUUAAUAUCACUUUGUUGGCUCAGUACGGAUGAAUUAGUCGCAGUCGGUGUCAAUCCUGUCACUUUAAUUGAACAAUUACCGGACGCGUUUAAACAGAAGAAGUUCGGCGCCGCUUAGUGUAAAAUGUACAUAAAAGUAAAAUGUUUGAUUUCUUAAUGUAAGAAAUUGAUAUUGUUUUAAUAAUAGUGUAUUGUUAAGGCUAAAAACUAAAUUUAAUAAAAAUAUAUGCU